UAAUGUUUAAGUUAAAGUCCGCCACCCCACCAUGUUUAUUUCCCCUCUAGUUCCCACCAUCUUUCCCCCAUUUUCGCUUUGAUGACUUGACUUGACUUGAAAGCUAUCAGCUCUCUGUUUACUUCUCCCCUAGCUCCCUUCAUCCUCCUCAUCGCUCCAGUCGCUGAGCCUGCCAUGUUUUCCCAAAACCAGGAUCCCGAAUUCACAUUCAAUCCCCACAGAACAAUCAUGUAUGACGUGUACAUAAGUUUCGAACCCCAUUACCCUUCCCAUCCUUUCAUUUCACUUCUCUCUGGCGCUCUCAAACGUGCUGGAGUGCAUCUUUUUCUGGACAACUACAUGAAGCCAAAAAGUAAAGACCUCAUACUAUCUAGCGUAAUCAAAGGAUCCAGAGUUUCUAUCGUAGUUUUCACUACCGAUUUUGCUUGUACAACCUGGAGUUUGAAAGAGCUUGAGAAAAUAAUGGAGUAUCGCAGCAGCAGAGGUCAGCAAGUUGUGCCUGUGUUCUAUGAGGUAGAUCCCAAGGAAGUGUUUAAUCAGAGUGGCCAUUUCGGAGAAGCUUUGUUGGCUACUCUGGCAAGAACUUCAACCAAUCAAGCCAAGGUGGUGAGUUAUAUGACCGCGCUAAAAGAAGCUGCUGCCAUUUCACCAAGGUUUCUCACCAAUUUUCGGGAUAGAAGCAAAACCAUAGAUAGUAUCGUUGGACAUGUUACCUCUUUGCUAGAUUCAACAGCCUUAUUCGUUGCAGAACAUCCAGUAGGAGUAAACUCUCACGUGCAAGAUUUGAUUCAACUGUUAGAUAAUAAGAAAUCAGAUAGUGUUUUCAUUAUGGCAAUAUGGGGUAUGGGAGGAAUUGGUAAAACAACAGUUGCCAAAGUCCUCUACAAUCAAAUUAGUCACAAUUUCGAUGUGAGGAAGUUUGUCCCAGACAUAGAUGAAAGGAUGGAGGAUUUCCCAAGAAGGUGGCCUUUGGGCAUUAUAGAAGAGGAGCUUCUUUUGUUUCUCAAAGAACAAGUUGCAACAAAAGCUUGCAAUUUCGACUCAACAAGUGUUAUAUGGUGGGAAGGAAUUCGUUGUGUAAAGGUAUUGCUUGUACUUGACAAUGUGAGAAGUGAAAAAGAGCUGGAGGUUUUGCCUGUAACUUGUGAAUGCUUUGGUCCUGGGAGUAUAAUAAUCAUCACCACAAGGACUAAACAUGAUCAGUUUAAUGAGAUUGGAAUUAAUCAUGUUUACAGACUGAAAGAAAUGGAUUACAACGAAUGUGUUGAGCUUUUUAGUCAGAGUGCUUUCAAGAAAGCAACUCCUGAAAGGAAUUAUGCUGAUCUGAUUAAUCGUGCACUUGAAUAUUCUGAUGGAUUGCCACUAGCUCUUGUGGCAGUUGGAUCUGUAUUAUUUGAAAAAGGUAGAGUAGAGUGGGAGAGUGUAUUGGAAAGGCUUAAAAGAUUUCCCCUUCAAGAUGUAUGGCAAGUUUUAAGAAAAAGCAUUGAUUCUUUGGGAUAUGACAUGAAGCAAAUGUUUCUUGUGCUAGCUUAUUUGAGUCAUUUCUUUAUUGGAAUGGACCGAAAUGAUGUAACUCAAAUAUUACAAAAAGCUGGAUGUGAUGUGGUACAAAGGCCUUAUGAUGUAUUCUUGAGCUUUCGAGGCAAAGACACUCGUUCCAAUUUCAUGUCACAUCUUCAUGCAUCUCUUGAAAAUGCUAGUAUCUAUGUUUUCAAGGAUGAUGAUGAGGAAGCAAGAGGGGAAAAUAUCUCACUUUCACUUCUAAAAGCAAUUGGAGAGUCUAGAAUUUCUAUCAUUAUUUUGUCACCAAAUUAUGCAGAUUCAAAAUGGUGCUUGCAGGAGUUGGAAGACAUAAUGAGAUGUUAUAAUAAUCAAACUCAAAAGGUGUUGCCAGUGUUCCACCAUGUUGAUCCAUCAGAAGUGCGAAAUCAAGCUGGUAGAUUUGGAGAGGCUUUUGAAGAAUUUAUAAAGAAAAACCCCCAAAAUAAAGUCAAAGAGCAGGAUUGGAGGAAAGCACUCCGUGAUGUAGGCUCCACUGCUGGAUUUGUUGUUCAAAAUUGGAGGUAA